AUGCUUUCUGCUCCAGAUCCCUAUCCUUCGGUUUCAAGUCAUAAUCCUGCUCCUGAUGAUGCUGAGAUUGAGAGUCGUACACCACAAAUCUGCGUGGACUAUUUGAGCCAUAACUGGAAGGACGAAGAUGUUUGGAAUAGUUGGAAGGCUAUGACAAAACGCAAAAACGAGAUUGCCAAUGGUGUUCGUCUUGAGAAUGCCAGUUGGCGAACAUGGGCGAAACAGCGCGGGAACCUUAAAACCGUCAGCCCGGAGACACUUAACUGGUUAAAAGAAAGCGAUGUUACAUGGCUUUAUGGUCCCCUUCAUGGUGACGCACCGGCUGUGCCACCACCCAAGGUGGCUUCGACCGCUGAGCGACUUGGUAUUGAUGUUUUACCUAGAAAAAAAUCCAUUCUGAAACACCGAACUCUCUCUGAAAUUCUUCAAACUCCCAUGAUGGUAUCACCACCUAAUGAAACGAGCCAUACAGAAGCCAUUGUAAAGCCACGAGAAACUGAGGAGGCCGCUAAAGCGGAUUCUGGCCGGAAACGAAACACGUCUCUUACGUUGGGUGUGUUGAAAUCGAACCGAAAAGAUUCUGCUCCUAAAAACCGUCAUAUUAGUUUCAACACUCUAGUUGAACAAUGCAUCGCACUGGAAGAAAACCCUCAUUCGUAUUUCCACGAUGAUUAUUCAGACGAAGAUGACGAGACAUUUGAACAUGAGAACGAAGAAAGUUCCCUUGGUGAUAACAUCGACUCACUAUUGUCUCCUCCAAAAUCGUCCAAAAGCAUGGACGAGGUCAACAACAAACCUGUCACAAUCGCCAUUAUUCCUCCUACGCAUCUCAAAACUGGUCAUGAGUAUCUUCUUCCUAAUUAUGACGACGUGCUCUAUGGGGAUGAAGAGGAAGCUUCUGAACUGAAUGCCCGCUACUCGGUGGCAGACGCUGUGGCAGAUACGCAUGACUUCCCUUUAGAUCAUGAUGAUGGGUACGACUAUUACGAUUCGGACGAAGAAUUUGCGGCCGAUGAGCCUCCAAUUUAUUCUCGUUCAAACCCUCGAGACGCUGGUUCUGAAGGCACGUACAGCGCUCAGCUAUAA